CUGCCUCAGUUAACGUGUGGCAGCCGUAGGUAAACUUACCUCCCAGAGUGUGUAUGAGCAACAGGUGAGGAAAAUACAUCAGUACCAAAGAACACAAAAUGCACAAGUCUUUCGUUAAAAUAUAUGUUUUCGUGUUGAUUAUUUGGGCUGUGGAAAAAUCUGAUUGCAAACAAGGAGGUACAGGCCAUCAGAGCCAGCUAAUGAAUGCUGAAGAUUUCGAAUUUUAUUAUGGAGCAGCAUGCUUAAAUUAUGGUCAUUCGUGCUGGGGAGCUCACGGCAAGCGCAACGUGGAUGGGGCAAACGACCUGGACACUUUGUUAAGAUAUCGGAUGGCUUUGUUUAAGAAAUCUGUACACAAAGACUCGUCUAUAGAUUCAAAUCCAGACCAAUCACAAGAAGAUAUGCCAAACUAUUACAACAUUUUCAAACAUUAUUCGAAAAUAAAUUCAAUGAAAACGAAUAACGAUGACACCGUUGACACCUGGAGCGUUGAACCGAGCAAUCACUUACCAAAUGGUAGAUCAUACUACGAAGAUCAAGUCUUAGAUCCCAGGAUUGAAUAUAAGAUUAUGAAAAUAUAGGCGAAGAAUUAUCACAAUUUAUUCUAUAACGUUAAUAGUUAAUACUUGGAGAAACCGGAAAAAUUAAUAUUUCAAAUAUGUUAACAACAAUACCUUUUAAAAUGUCAAAAUAAUAAGGUUAUUGAAAUUUUUGUCACAUAUUUUAAUUUAAAUACACUAACAACAUAAAUGCAAA